AUGAGUGUCGCGUACGCAAAAUCCGAUGCAACGGCCGACAACCCUGUGAGCCAUGUCAAGACUUUGAACGUCAUUGUACAUUUACAUCUACACGAGGGCAACUCCCAGUAUCCGUCAACCCAACUCGAUGUUGAGGUCAACGGUAUCUUUGAUUCCCCGCCCGGCUCGCCCACCCCUACCAACGCAGACGCUCUGGGCUCGGUGGAUUCGGGCUCUGAAGACCACCUGGAGAACAUGUUGGAUGGUAAAGGCCGACUUACUUCUACCAAAAACUCCAUGGAGUACUACGGAGGCGGUUCAGGAUUUGCGUUCCUUCAACAGACGCAGCUGUUGUUCAAUCAAGACUCUCCUACGACAGAACUCCGAAACAGCAGCCAUCUGUCUCUCGACGCCAUGUCCAGGCUCUUCGAUUCGCCCCUACCAGACAAACAGGCACUAGCAACCGAUAUUCCCAUCUCAAAGCUGUUACCAUCUCGGCAAUCAGCCACAGAGCUAUUGCAUGCCGUGUUUGGACAGACCUAUCAAUUGCUGCAGUUUCUCCAUGAGCCUACUUUUCAGAAACAGACGGACCGAAUCUACGAUCUUGAUCCAAUGGACUUUGAAGAUUCUGACCAUGAUUUUCUGCCACUCUUUUACUCAGUAACUGCUCUUGGGUAUCUCUUUCAUCAGAAGGUGCACUAUAAAUAUGGCUGCAAAGGCGCCGUCAACCAAGCGAUGCGCCACUUCAUUGCGGCUCGCCGAAUGGUCGAUCUCGAUCGUUGCCGUGAUAUUCCAACUCUCCAGACCUUACUCUGCUUUAUUCUUUUCCUGAUUUCAACAGCCCGUCUCGCUACAGCACACACCUUCAUCGGAUUGGCUGUCGCAGCUGCCAUGAGGAUGGGACUGCACUCUCAGGCCUCCUGCGAAGGGCUUUGUGAAUUAGAAAAGGACGUCCGACGCAGAACAUUCUGGACGAUCGUCAAGCUGGACAUCUACAGUGGUACAGUCCUUGGACUUCCAGGGAUGAUCAAACUUGAUUAUGUGGACCAGCCCAAGCCAAGUGGCCACAUUCACGACUAUGCGAAUGAGGACGGAGGUGGUUUUGCCUCUCUGAGCACCAGGCGGAUGUUUGCAGCUUCGGCGCAAUAUCUAGAGAUCCUUAUGAUUAUGAGCAAAGUGGUGCAGAAGUUAUAUCCCAAGACUGACUCAGAGGCUCACCGAGUGGGAGAAUCAAAGAAGAUCUAUGUCAGCAACGCCACUAUACUCGAGAUUGAGAACGAAUUCAAAGCUUGGAGAGACGGGUUGUCUGACUCCCUUGGUUUGGCCGAAGACAACAGCAACGCCAGCAGCAUCGUUUACGAGUUGGAGAUGGUCCACAAUUUCGGUUACAUCCUGCUUUAUCGGCCUUUUCUGCAUUAUUUAGCAAGGGCAAAAAGUGAGAAUCCUCCCGACCUACGACUUUUGCGAUGUGCUGCGUGCUGCGUCAAGAUAUCUAGGCUCACCAUUUCCCGUUCCAACGAGAUGCUACAAAAGGGGUUCCUUGCUCCAGCUGCAUGGCAGUCGGUGUACACGGUGUUUUUGUCGCUAGUCACAUUGAUCUUCUUUCUUGCUACACAGCACGGCAACAAGGACUAUGCCGUCAUCCAGCAGGAGACUGAAACAGGGGUCCGAAUCCUUGCCAGGACUUCUUGCCAAGAUAUUGGUUCGAGAAGAUGUCUGGACGUUUUGAGAGUGCUUACCAAGAGGCUCUCGCACAUGAUCGAUCUAGAAAUCGACGAGAUCACAGCAGGAGUUCAGAUAUACUGCCAAGCUAGCAACGAGGACACGGCUGUUCCGAAGUCAGAAGUGUAUUCCACUGACACCAAUCUUGCUCUGCUGGACCGUUUCGGAGGAAGGAGCAUGAACGAGACGCCGACCAUUCCAAACAACCAACAGUUUGUGUUCCAGCCUUCAUCCGGAACCCUGCAAGCUACUCCGUCGCGCAGUCUGCUCAGUACUGCACCAAUUUAUUCUUCCGAAUCAAUGGCCUAUCCAGCUCAAACGUCGACAUGGGAACAAGUAGCAGGAUGGCCCAACGCGGUAACCAGUCCCUAUCUCCCAAGGCCAUCCUUGAGUCAGGCUUCCCCUCCAGCGCCCAUGGACGUCGCUGAAUCCCUUACACAUUCCGACAUGGAAGUGCCGUACACUGAAGGGUUCGCAUGGCCGUUCCAAGUGACAGCACACCUGGGGGAUGGACGUCAUAACAGUGCUGAUCCAUCGCAACCGCAACCGGAAACUCAUGGACUUACACCUCAAGAUAUUGCUGCCUUUAUGCGAAUUAAUCCUGGAGACGAACCAUUCCUCUAG